GCGGCGGGGCCAUGGCGGACGCGGGGCCGCUGAUGCGGGGCUACCAGGGGGCGGCGCGGGGCCGCGGCGUGGCGGCGGCCGGCUGGCGGCUCUGCCUGGCGCAUCGCUUCCCGCAGCCGCGCCGGCCCUACGGAGCCGGGGACGUGCCGCUCCGCGACGUCCUGCGGCACGUCGGCAUGGCGCUGCGGUAUUUCAGAUGGUGGUACAAGAAAACCUGCAUAGAGAAGAAAUCCGCCUUCAUCGACCUCCUGUGUGCCGUCCCUCUGCAGCAGAUCUACGGCUGCCCGCUGGGCGGGAUCGGCGGCGGCACCAUCACACGUGGCUGGCGGGGCGAGUUCUGCCGCUGGCAGCUGAACCCCGGGAAAUACCACUACGGGACGGUCAUCGCCGACCAGUUCACGGUGUGCCUGCGUCGCAAGGGGCAGACGGUUUACCAGCAGGUCCUGUCCGUGGAGAAACCCAGCACGCUGCAGGGCUGGAACUGGGGAUACUGCGGGCACUACGCCUUCUACCAUGCGCUGUACCCCCGCGCCUGGACGGUCUACGAGCUGCCGGGGCAAAACGUGGUGCUCACGUGCCGACAGGUCUCUCCGGUCAUCCCCCAUGACUACAAGGACUCCAGCCUGCCGGUGGCGGUGUUCGUCUGGGAGGUGGAGAACGGCAACGAGGAGCCGGUGGAGGUCUCCAUCAUGUUCAGCAUGCAGAACGGCACUGGCGCAAAGGAGGCGGGCAAGAGCGGGGGGCACUGGAACGAGCCCUUCGCCCUGCAGGAGGGCGGCGAGCGGGUGGCCGGCGUCCUGCUGCACCACUGCACCCCCACGACCCCCUUCACGCUUGCUGUGGCUGCCCGGGAGAAGGCUGGCACGGUCGUCACCCACCUCACCGCGUUCGAUCCCGUGGGGUCGGGCAGGGACGUGUGGCAAGACCUCCUGCAGGACGGCAAGCUGGAGUCCCCCACCGGUAGAAGCAGGGUGACAGCAAAGGGGGAGGUGACAGCAGCCGCCGUGUGUGCCACCUGCACGGUGCCCGCACGGGGCCACCAGACCCUGGAGCUGGCCCUGGCGUGGGACAUGCCCCGCGUCCACUUUGGCUCGAAGGAGAAGCUGCACCUCAGGCGGUACACGCGCUUCUUUGGCAGCGACGGAGACGCAGCUCCCGCCAUGUUGCGCUACGCCCUGGCGCACUACGAGGAGUGGGAGAGGAAGAUCGACGCGUGGCAGAAGCCAGUCCUGGAGAACAGCCAGCUGCCCUCCUGGUACAAGUCGGCGCUGUUCAACGAGCUGUACUUCAUUACGGACGGGGGCACCGUCUGGCUGGAGCUGCCCCACGACUGCCUCCCCCAGGAGCUGCAGGGGCCGGGGGUGGCCAGCCUGUCCCACCUCCUCCCCGUCCUGCGGGAGUACGGAAGGUUUGCUUAUUUAGAAGGGCAGGAGUACCGCAUGUACAACACAUACGACGUCCACUUCUACGCCUCCUUUGCCCUCGCCAUGCUGUGGCCCAAGCUGCAGAUCAGCCUGCAGUACGACAUCGCCGUCACGGUGAUAAACGAGGACGUGGAGGCCCGGCAGUACCUGAUGAGCGGCCAGACAGCCCAGGUGAAGCUGAAAAACGUGGUGCCCCACGACAUCGGGGACCCAGACGACGAGCCCUGGCAGCGCGUCAACGCCUACCUGAUGCACGACACGGCCAACUGGAAGGACCUGAACCUGAAGUUCGUGCUGCAGGUGUAUCGCGACUACUACCUGACGCACGACGCGCCGUACCUGCGGGACAUGUGGCCGGUCUGCCAGGUACGGGGGACGCCCUGCCCCUCGAGUGGACGGGAGGCGUCCCACGGGGCUCACGGACGUACCUCUGUGUCCCCGCAGUAUUCCACCAAGGAGGACAAGUACGAGGAGGAAAUCAAGCUCCUAGGGGAAAAACUGAAGGAGGCGGAGACCCGGGCAGAGUUUGCCGAGCGGUCUGUGGCGAAGCUGGAGAAAACCAUCGACGACUUGGAAGAGAGUCUGGCCAGUGCCAAAGAGGAGAACGUGGGCAUCCACCAGGUCCUGGACCAGACCUUGCUGGAGCUGAACAACCUCUGAGCUGCCUGGGGAGCCCCCGCCCCUCUUCCCUACCCCACACGUGCACCCCACUGGCACGCUCAGGAUGUCAUCAGCUGAACUGCGCCUUGGCCAAAUCCACACAUCCGUUGAGAAGGGAAGCCCUGCAGCCUUACACCGUGGCUCGGGGGGCGUCUUGUCUGUGCACAGCCCGAACGGCUCUGUCCCGUCUUCAUGUCCAAAUAUUAAAGCAGUUUGACAAGAA